GAGGAGAUGGAGAAGUGAACACAGUGAAUGAAGGAAUGAUCCACAUGAAAGUGCAGCAUGUGAGGUGCUGGAGCUCAGCAGUGGAGUCGGGCUGUUUUCGUCCUGCGUCAUGUUCCUGUAUGACUGUGAUUGCUUCCCUUAAGAGACACUUCAGUGUGUGUGUGUGUGUGUGUGUGUGUGAGGAUUGUCAACAUGAAGCAGUGGUGGGCUCUGCUCACCGUUGUUCACCUGUCCGUCCACCUGGCAGCGUCGCAGCAUCACAGGAAAGCGCUGUUUCCAUCUGCGUUCAGGAUAAAGCGCGGCACGUACUCGCUGGUCAACCCCACGUUUCAGCGCUCGCUGGAGGACGUCGACCUGCUCUUCGAGAUUCUGCUGGCUGGAAUGCAGAUCGACGGCGAGGACCACACCAUGCUGAUCCCAGAUGGGGAGCUGGCGUCGCUGAGGAGCGUCGAGAGGCUGGACGUCAUCUGCGAGGACGUCCUGCCCAAGACGCUCUCCGACAUCCGCCGCCUGACGGCGGAGCUCGGGCGGCGCCGGCGGCCUCUGGCCUGGCAGGACUUCGAGAGGACGGUGCUGACCCUGGUCCACGCCGCGCAGACGCUGGCUCGCGUCAGCAGCCUGCAGCAGAGGGAGGCGUGGACGGACGCGGUGACGCAGCUGUUCAGGGCCAUCCAGAAGGACCUCACACCUCCAUGAGGAGGAACAGAAGAUGUACAAACGUUCGUACCCAUGUGUGUAAUUAUUCAGAGCUUAUUUUUAACACUUUUUGAGCCUAUUUUCCACUCCUAUAUAGACAUAUAUAUA